AUCCACUAAAACCGAACCGAACAGCAGAGAAAACAAGUUCUUUACACGGUAUCAGAGCCUCAGUGACCACAAGGUCACGAGUUCGAUCCUCACCGCCCCCCACUUUCUAUUGGAAUCAAAAUAAACACGAGGGAACUGAUUUGCUUUGGAAUUGAUGGAGGCAAAUUUUUUUCGCUUUCUUAAGAUUGUGGGUGUUGGGUACAAAGCCAGAGCUGAAGCUGCAGGACGUUUAUUGUAUCUGAAAUUAGGAUACAGUCAUGAGGUUGAACUAAGUGUGCCUCCUGCUGUCCGUGUUUUCUGCUUCAAAAACAAUGUAAUUUGCUGUACUGGAAUAGACAAGCAAAGGGUGCACCAGUUUGCUUCUACUGUUCGGAAUUGUAAGCCACCAGAAGUUUACAAAGGCAAGGGCAUAAUGUAUGUUGAUGAAGUUAUCAAGAAAAAACAAGGAAAGAAGUCUAAAUGAUCGUACAAUCUUAGGUUAUUUCAUGAAGUCUAGAACUUAAAUGUACACUGGCUAGACUUUGGCUGCAGAAUUAUUCACUCUAGCCUUCGAACAAUUUCAGUGUUGGAAUCCUUAAACAGAACAUUAUGGAUAAUCAAAUAUUUUCUUUAA